AUUGUUAAUCAGAAUUUAACUCCAAAUCACAAACUUAUUUCCAGAAAAAAAUUACUAAUAAAUUAAAAGCACUUAUAUAUGGCAAUAGCUGCUUCUUCUGUAAGUAUCGUCGGGAAUUCGACUUUUCCUAGGAUUCAGCAAACUCAUAUCUCGAAUCCAAGAAUCAGUUUUAAGCAGACCAGCUUCCCAUGUCUCCAAAAAAACAUCAGAGUAAUCAAAACAUUGGAUCUCCAUGUUAAAAGGAACUUCAUUGUCCAUGGAAGUUUAAAAAUACCAGAAGAAGCUCCAUUGCCUUCAGAUGAAUCUGGUCAACGUCAACCAUUCAAUUUCUUGGAUGCAUGCAGCAGAAUUUGGAUUAUUGAAAUGGUGCUCAAAGUAGUUCUACCCUAUUUGAGCACCAAAAGUAGGCACUUAUUGGAAGCUAAAGUGGAAAUGGUAGAACGGUAUAUGGAUUUUGUCGAAAAGGUGGCAGAGGAAAUAGAGAAAAUGCUAAAGUAUAUUAUCAAGAGUCUUCCAGAAGAUGGAAUUCUCAAAAAAAUUAUGGAUUUUCUUGAAAUAUUGGCUGAAGAAAUAGCUAAGACUGCCCAAUUUCUCAAGAAUUUUCUCGAUGAGGUUUUGAGAGUAGAAAAACAGUUGGAGUCUCCCUCCGAAUCUCCCGUUGAUGAAAACUCAAUCUCUUCCAAGGAAACAAACUACGACGAAUGAAGUAUUAAGUGUUCACAGGGUGAAAAGGCAGAUCAUUGACUGUAAGGCAUCGUUUAGCAAAAGAAUAACUUCCUAGAAGAAAUGAGCUAUCAACAAAGCAGAAACUUUUACAAAGCUUAAAGGCCAAGAAGCAUCCCAAGUUCAAUGAAUGAUAAGUUAAAUGUAUUUCAGCCAAGAUGUCAGCAUA